AUGGCCUCAGGGAAAUCCUUCAUCACAGCUUUGUUUUUAGUAGUGGUCUUCUCAAGCAUGAGUUUGAGGGUAGAAGGUCGUCAUCUUUUGCAAGUAACCACUCAACCAAAUUUGCCUAACCCAACACUGCUGCCACCUUUGCCUUCAAAUAUUCCAACACUGCCUCAGGCCAACAUGCCCCCAAUGCCCACUAUCCCAUCACUUCCAACUAUGCCAACACUCCCUUCCCUCAACCUUCCCCCAUUGCCCUCAAUUCCAACCAAUAUCCCCUCUUUAUUCCCUUUCUUCUCCCCACCACCUUCAACCUCCUCUACCCCUUAA